GGUGCGUGUUUUGUUUGAUCAGUCGGUUUUUUUUUGUUUAUUAUCAUGUAUGCGUACGUCGCAUAUAAAGAUGGCGCGAAAGCCGUCGUGGCGGCCUCACUGAUACGCGAUUUCAGGCCGUCGUCUGAAACGGACCUUGCCUCAGGCAAGAAUAAAAUGAUUUAUUGGAGAGAAAAGCAGGAAGAAGGCGAGCUCGAAGAUUACUUUCCUGGCGAUGUCGUGGAAUUAGCAGAGUCCAAAGAAGACCUAGCCCGGAAGCUGUUCAGAAGGCGUAUCCGAUUCCCAGAGCACGUCUUUGACGACGUCCUUAAAGCUGCGCCUUCUCGGGGAGAGCCGAGCCAAAAAGAAAAAAAGAAAAGAAAGGAGGCUGCCAAACGAAAGGAGAUGGUGGCCUUGUCCGAAUUGCCUGCAGCGGAAGGUGAAGAAAGAAACAACAAGGUGGCGAGGCUUGAGCAAGAAAUUGUAUCGUUGAGAAGGAAACUUGCUGACCAAAAAAAACGAAACCGGGAGUUACAAGAGGUCGUGGUCAAAGGGAUGGAAAAAUUGCUGGAGAAAUCGUGCUGCUGCAGCCAUCGGGCGGCCAGUCUGCUUCAAGAGGAAAUGGAUUCAAAUCUUGAAGCCAUGAGCUUGAGAGGGCCUUUAGAUGACGAGUUUCAUCUUGAAGAGGUGCGACAGAUGGUGACACACAGUCUUCAAGAUCAGGUAUGCAUCACUGGCUUUUCAAAAUGUGUGAGCCAGGCGUCCACGCCCUCGCCAGAUUUUCACCGAAUGUGCGAGGCACUAUCAGAUCCUGACGCAACCAGAGACCAGCUGCACGCGAACCUGGCACUAGCGGUGCUGCUGGGACUGGUAGAAGGUCUGCAACUGCGAGGAUCCGGUUUCCUUCUUCGCCGUGAGAUAUCUCAGCUGCCAGUGGAAACGGGGGAAUCCAGCAAGGCGGCGGCUUCGACGUAG